AUGUUCAAGCUGUUCGUAUUCGCCUGUUUCCUGGCCCUCGCCGCCGCCAAGCCCGGAGUGUUCCCAGUGGCGUACACCGCCCCAGUGGCCGCGGCGUACACAGCGCCCCUAGCGGCGGCCUACACCGCGCCCGUAGCGUACACCGCCUACUCCGCUUACUCCGCUCCUGUCGCCGCUUACUCCGCUUACCCAUACGCUUCUCCCUACUCCUACUACCUUCGCCGUUGA